AUGGAUAUCAAUGGAUCCAAAAUAGAAGCAAUUGCAGUGAAAAACAACGUUGACAGAUUCAACACUUUACUCGCACAAGGGUGCGUUUAUACCCUGCAUGAAGUGAGAUUCGAUCCUAACUGGGAGGAGGCAGUGGAGUUUCGGAAUAUUGGGCACCGGUACGAGUGUAUCUUGAACAACCGCACUAGGGUUGAGCCGUAUACCUUGCAUAUUCAAUUUCCGCUCUAUCCGAAGCACCUCAUGCCAAUCCAUGAAGUGUACCGACGUCCAAACAAGACGUUUGUAGAUGUAGCCGGAGUUGUUGUGCACUGGUGUGAACUUGAGCACGUUGGUCACAGAAAAACCUAUAGAGAGGUCAUACUAAUGGACACAAGGUUCAACCUGAUAGUUGUUGGAAUUUGGUGUGAGCUUUUAGAGCGGUAUGCGGUAAGCUUGCAAUCUGCGGGAAAUAAUAAACACGUUAUCAUUGGGACCAUGCUGAAAUUGAAUAAGAGACACAGAUGUUUGGAGACUUCAGAUCACACGAUAUUUGCAUUCAAUCCAAAUCAUCUUGAAAGUCGUGAACUGCAGGCCUUCCAGCGGUCGUUAAUCAGGGGCAAUAGGGACCUCAGAUUCGUGAACAGAUUUAUUGAAAAAAGGUGGGCGUACCUGGCAACAGUGGUGUGACCUACAUUGGAGACUUAUGGCUACAAGUUAAUCUCGAAGGAUAGUUUUGUAACAGAUAAUAAUAGAUAGUGUUAAUGAUUGUAGUUUACAAUCGGACAUGAUAAAAAUUUUGUAUUUGUUUCCUUGGAUGUUUGCUUCAUCGUGAUUUCUAUAUUAUUCUUGAUAGAGGAGCUUAGAUAUAUGGUCUUUUUUGCUUUAUCUUAGAAUCCGUGUUCUAUUCGACAAUGCAAAAUGGGCCUAUGCAGGUGGAUUCUCAGAAGAA